GCCCCACGAUUGGUAAGUGGCAGAACUAAAUUUGUGUUGCUGAAAUUUACAUGCAAGUCGAUCUUUUUAUUGGGUGUGUUCUGUGGUGGUAUACCAAUGUUUUUUCGCUCUCUGUCAGCCGUUCGGGCCCACUUGAACAAGCUCCCAUAUCCAUAUAUGUAAUAAAAAGUAUUACAAUCAUCCCCAUACCUCGCUCUCUCUAUCUUCAAUAUUUUCUCUAUGUGCUCAUUACGUACAUUUAUAGCACGAUGUUACGUAUUUACAGCAUCUAAUUGUUUAGUUGUAAGAACUGUUUGCCAGUUUGCUGCCCUGCUUAUCAAAGCAUCGAUAAACUAUACUAGUUAUGAAUCUAUUUGUCGAAGUUUGUUUAUAGUUACCAUUAAAGAUAAUGUGUUAAAUAUAAAAUUCUACAAUAUAUUUAACAAGUAAUGAUUAUCAACGAAAAAAAUUAAAAUGUCUAAAAUCGAAACAAUACCAAUUUUAACUGCGAACUCAGCACGAGAUAUCUUGAAUAAAAUCUUAGAAGCACUCCAGUCUGCGGAUAGUUUACAAAAAUUAGAAGAAGCGCGAGAUAAUGUUGGUAACGAAAUGUUAAAAAUGAUGCAAUUUUUAUUUCCAAUUGUGAUGCAAAUACAAAUGGAGAUAAUAAAAGAUUUUGGAUAUCCUGAAGGAAGAGAAGGGAUAAUUAAAUUCUCACAAAUGUUACGAAAUUUGGAACGAGAGGAUACCGAAAUUGCCAGACUAAAUGGUCUUGUUAAGUCUUAUUAUUUACCCCCAGUAACUGUUCACACUACAAAUGAGUCACCAGCUGAAGAAAAAGUUAAUAGUAGUUAGCUGUAAUAAGUAUUGUAAGUAAAAUAAAUUAGCACAGUGUUGUUUAGAAUAUGUUUUGGUUUAUCUUCAAUGUAUUUAAACACAAACACAUAAUAAAAUAAAUCUUUUUGUAAAUGGAUGUUUUACUUAGGAUCUACAUUAUUACUCAAUUUACCUACUU